AUGACACGAAUACUUCAAGGAAACUUGAAUAGAUGUUCGCUUGCGCAGAACCUACUUUACCAGCGCGUAGCUGAGGACAAAAUUGACGUCUGCAUAAUCAGCGAACAAUACCAGAGCGCCCUUGUUAAAUCAUGGUACGUGGAUAAGACGAGUACAGCAGCUAUCUGGUUAGUGACUCGGAAGAUUAUUCCCGUAGAUACCGGAUCUGGGGAUGAUUAUGUCUGGAUAAAAACCCCUGAAAUGUAUAUCAUGAGCGUAUAUUUAUCUCCCAACGAAGGAAUCAGCGUGUUCCGCCAGAAGCUGACCAGCAUCGAGAACACCAUCUGUGGAUUUAAUGGCGAAGUCUUAAUAGCUGGAGACUUCAAUGCUAAGUCUGUGGAAUGGGGCGCAGAUUUCUCAGACACCAAAGGAAACGAAGUUACGGACAUGGCAGCGAGGCUCGAUCUUACAGUCCUGAAUAUUGGAGUGACGUCGACAUUUAGAAGACCUGGUUAUCGCGAGUCAAUUCUCGAUAUUACUCUGGCGACUCCAAAAAUUGCCAGCAGAAUCCAGGACUGGAAGGUCUCCGAGGAAUACACUGGAAGUGAUCAUCAAUCCAUCAUCUACUGGAUAGAAGAGACUACCCACCACGUACACCGAGAUUACGAAAGAUGCAGCUGGAAUACCAGGAAGUCGGACAUUGAUGCUCUACGAAAAUCCCUCACGCGGGGGUGGGUGACACUCGAAUCACAUCCGUUCCCAACUAACAGCAGCGAGACGGAAAACAUUGUAACAAAAACGAUGAAGAUUAUAACCGCAGCAUGCAAUGCUUCUAUGCCACGUCGUAAAACACAGGACUUGCGCCGGCCAGCAUAUUGGUGGACAUGCGAAAUCGCAGAGCUGAGAAAAAAAUGUCACCAACUCCGACGACGAGCAACAAGAGCUGCUAAGCACUCCCCAGCUCAGACCUACUACUCCAAUGAGUACAAGGCGGCCAAGAAGGAGCUCAAUAGAGCCAUCAAGUCCAGUAAAGGCAAGCUGUGGGCAGAAAUUUGCAACGACCUCAAUAACGAUGUCUGGGGCAAAGCCUACCAUAUAGUCGCAAAAGGAUUGGGUAGAACCUUACGAGAGCCGCCAAAAAGCCCGGCUAUGAUGAACCAGAUUGUUACUGAGCUCUUCCCAAACCACCCAGCGCGGAAGAAGAGUCGCUACAAGAACACCACCAAUGUGUUGCAGUUCACUGUUUCGGAACUGCAAACCGCAGCAAAAACCCUGAAACUAGGGAAAGCACCCGGCCCUGACGGUAUUCCAACACAAGUGAUUAAGCUCAUUGCACAGUAA